AUGAUACUUAAUCAUGAUUAACAAUUAAACCAAAAAGAUUUAGAAACACUCAAUUAGAAGAAAAAACUAGCAUCAAUUUUGAUUGAAAACGUCUCAUAAAAUGUCAUGAUAAAUAAAAAAAGGGCUGAAUUGAGUGAAAAGGAAUAUCCUAAAUAGGUUGUUUAAAUGAAAAAAUUAGAUCAAGAAAAAUCUGGUCCUAUUAAAGAGGUUGAAUAGUAUCAAGAUUUCCUUAAUAAAGUUGAUAUCAAAUAAAAUAAAACCUAUGAAUAAUUGGGAUGUUUUCGUUCUUUGAGAUAACAAGAACAAUUAUAAAAAAUAUAAACUCAAAUAAAAUAGAAGAUCUAAAUGGAAUAAAAAUAAAUUGAUAUGUAGAAACUAAUUGAUAUAACAACUAAGGAGAAUAGAGAUAAUAGUUAAAUUGAGAAAAAUUUAUAAAUCAUUGAAGAAAUAUAAGAGGACAAAGAUUAUCUUAUAAAUGAAGAAAUAUAGAAAAAUGAAUAAUCUGGUGUUGUUGAUAAAGUUUAAAUGGAGGCUAAUCUUGGUAAAUUAAAAUAUCAAUCUAAAAAGGCGAGCUAAGGUAGAUUAUUGAAAAAGGCAACUUCUUUAAUGUUAUUUAAAAAGUUAUAAUAAUGA